CAGCGCCGUGCGCAGCGCCGAGCACCGCCCCGCGCCGCCCGGAGCCAUAAAGCGGCGCGGCCACGGGCUGCCGGCACUGCUGCCGAGCCGAGCCGAGCCGAGCCGAGCCGAGCCAAGCCAAGCCAAGCCAAGCCAAGCCAAACCAUACCAUACCAUGGACCCCCAGGACUGCACAUGUGCUACCGGUGACUCCUGCUCCUGCGCUGGGUCCUGCAAGUGCAAGAACUGCCGCUGCCGGAGCUGCCGCAAGAGCUGCUGCUCGUGCUGCCCCGUGGGCUGCAACAAGUGCGCCAAGGGCUGCGUGUGCCAGGAGCCCGCCGCCAGCAAGUGCAGCUGCUGCCACUGAGCCGGGGCUCCUCCGCCUGUACAUAGCCGGCCCGGGGAUGGGGGGGGGGGCUUACUUUUCCUACGGAUAAGUGUUUUGUAUCUUUGGUACCACUGAUGAAAGUGGAUGAGAAUAAAAGAAUUUGCUUCGA